AUGGUUGGCGGAAUCGCACGUCUUCGUCUUUCUGAGGAGCGCAGAUUAUGGAGGAUGGAUCACCCACAUAUCUGUGGAUUUGAUGGCUCAGUUAACUUAAGGGUCUCUUAUGUUUUCCCCUUAGGGAUUGUAGCUAGGCCUGAAACUGGUCCAGAUGGGUCUGUCAAUUUGAUGGUGUGGCAUUGUUCUAUCCCUGGAAAAACUGCGACUGACUGGGAAGGUGGCUUCUAUCCAAUGAAAAUGCACUUUAGUGAAAACUAUCCUUACAAGCCACCCAAAUGCAAGUUUCCUCAAGGUUUCUUUCAUCCUAAUGUCUAUCCAUCAGGAAAAGUACGUCCGCAGUCUAUCCUUAAUCAGGACCAUGGGUGGAGUCCUGUCAUUACAGUUAAACAAAUUCUAAUGGGUAUUCAUUAUUUGCUUGAUUGGCCAAGCACUAAUUAUCCAGCACAAAUAGAAGGUUAUAAUAUAUACAUACAGGAUAAUGUUGAGUAUAAGAGACGAGUGAGACAGCAGGCUGAGCAGUAUCCAACUCUUUUCUGACAUUACUUUGUUAUAAAUUAAGAAUAAUCAUGUGACAUUUUUAGUCCUCAUUGACAUGGUGGUCGUGUGUCUAAUUUGGUUCUUGUUCUUAUCUUCUUUAUAA